GUACUCGACUUUGAAACAUAAAUAUAGAUCAAUUAGUUUUUUGCUUUACUGCAUAGCUUUACUGUAGAAUUAGAGCUUAAUGUACAAAUCAUUUUCUAUUGAAUAGUAAAUUAGAUUUUCCUCAUUUUGUACAAUUACUCCAAAAACAUACUUUCCACACUACGUGUGCAUGUUGUAAGUAGGUAGUUAGUUCUACGGUGCCCUUUCGACAUGUAAGGUAUUUAGAAAUGGCAGCGUGGCGUUUUAUUGUACUGCUAUGUAUGGUGACGCAGUACGCGAGUAAUCAAGAAAUCGCCAAAUUACAACCGCAAAAGUUUGUCCCCCAGUGUAUUGUUGAGGUGUUAGAUAAGGUUUUUCCUAAAAACGUAUCCUUUGCUUAUAUUUUUAAUGACCAUCCAGAAUACUUUCCAAGUAAUUUGAACGUUCCUCGCUUAAUCAUUAGUGAAUCGAUUACCGGAUAUUACGGUAAAUAUGACAAUGAUUACGUUAUAGAAGCGAAAAGUCUAGAUAAAUUCGCAAGAACAAUCCAAAAAUUUAUGGGAAUUCCUAUUUGGGAACAUGGAAGGUCAAAUCGUGGACGUUUUCUGCUAAUCACGGCCGAGAAAAAUUUAGCUCAAACGUUUCGUAUUUUUUGGAGUUUGCAUAUAACAAAAGUAGUUGUAAUUCAAUACAAAACCGAAUUUGACGGAAGAAAUGCAACGGUUAUUACAGGCAAUCCAUUUGACAAACAAAAUCAUUGCGGGAAAGUGCCAACGGCUUUUCGCUACCAACAGUACGAUUCGAGGUUGUCCGUUAUAUUUGAUGAUUACGUCCGAAACUUUGAGGGAUGUCCGGUAAUUACUGGAGCAAGAAAAUACGGAAUUGUGAAACCAUAUACGCACUGGUAGAUCUUAUAAUUGUGUCCAUUUUAGAAGUGAUGGAAAACUUUCUAAAUGCAAGAGUAAUACGCUCGGAUGACAUGACCAUAGAUACAUUUCUCGAAUUAGUUCAAGAGAACGACAUGGUAAUAUAUAUGUUGAAGAAAGGGGUGCUUAACGUAGCUGACAAUAGCGAUGGAUUUUGGACGGAAAGUUACGUCUGGAUGGGACAAAAACCACACGUUAUAUCACCAUCCGUUACAUAUUUUUUACCAUUUAAGGGUGUCUUAUGGAUCAUUGUAAUUGUUACACUAAUUGCAGUAACCUUGACUUGGUGGCUUAUUCUCCGCAAGACCGAAUCUUCUAGAACUGUUACUGCUGUCUAUGUUGAUGUUAUAAGCCUAGUUUUGGGUGUGUCCAUAUCAAACGAACCCCGUAGAAUUGCUUUGAGGAUUUUGGUUAUCUUCUACCUGGUAUACGUAAUCCACAUUCAAACAGGUUAUACAUCAAAUUUAAUCAAUAUCUUGGUAUUGCCUAAAAACGAGGACUCAAUUAACAAUAUCGACCAGUUGGAAAAGAGCACCAUGGAAAUCUACGUCCAGAGAACUGUCUACUAUCAGUAUUUUGGUGAUCAUUUGGAAAGUUUUAAAGGAAUCAGGAACAGGCUGAUUGUAUUGAAAGACAGUGGCUAUACUCAUUAUUUAAGCAAGUUGAACCAUACAAAUUACUUCGCAAUAUCAAGAAGGUCACAAGUCCAAACGCCCAAACAAUAUCCAUCCGUUACAGCAAGCUAUUUAAAAGGAAAAGCGCCCAAUUUUUUUGUGGAUGACUCUCCAGGUCUAGAUCAUCAAUACUGCUUUAUCAUGACCAAGGGUAAUUACUUUCUUCCCAGCUUAAAUCGAAUCAUAUCUUAUUUGUAUGAAUCUGGUUGUCAUAGUUGGCUUACCCAGAAAGUUGAUUAUACCUACAUCGUACACCCUGGGGCACCGGCAUCUGACUCGCACUACGGUGUAGCUCCAGACCUCGACCACGAUUUCGAAACAGGAUUGACGCUUACUCAAGUUAGCGGUGCUUUUUUCAUUCUAGCUCUUGGAUAUAUUCGGUUAAAAUGACAAAAGUUGGGCCCAGUCUACGAUCCCGCAUAAUACAGUGAGGAGUAAAAAAUACCGUAUGGAGGCAGUUUACCAAAUUUUGCGAGCAUCGUCAAUAUGACCUAAAUGAAUCAACACCGUUCACAAAACUGAAUACUUUAAAGGAUUGGGCCUGGAACAUGAAAAAAGAAAAUGGGGAAGAUUAUAAAGAAGAUAUACUGUAAAAUGUAUAUGUGGAAUUCUACAACAAAAAUUGUUCAAGCAUUGUAUUACAAAAAGUGUAGCCAGUCUUGGACUCUAAGCUCACAGGCUGUGAGUUCGAAUCCCACAACUUGCCAGUUUUUAGUGGUACAGAACAUCUGACUACCAUGCUUCGGAGGGCAUGUAAAGCUGGCGGUCCCGGCGGUCAUACCAUGACUGUCGUUAAGUCGCACAGACGGCUGUUGAAGCGACCUGAAGACAUCUGUACCUAGGGAUUACAAAAAGUUAACAUAAAAAUAGAUCCAUUUCAAGCGUGUGAAUUCAAAAAUUCGCGAGGCGCACGUAAUGCCAAGAGACGGGAACGGGAAAUCAUAUCAAAUUGUUUCAUUUUGUGAAUAUGCCUCUCUGAUAUAAAUAAUUGGAUUCAAGAAAUAAUCUUCAUAAAUAUAACACGACCUUGAUUAAUAGCGACUAU